AUGACAGUCCCCCCGGGGUACAAGAGCGUUACAAAAAUUGUGCUUGCUCUUCUCUUCUUGAAGUCAAUUCGAUGCAUGAACGGUAGAACGCUACUGGCGGGUCAAAGCGCCGAGGACGCAGGAAAAGCGCCAGCCACAUCGGUCUAUCUCGACGAUGUCGUCAAGCAUGAACGGGGGUUCCAAGGGGAUGUAUUCAUGAAGAAGCCUUCAGUCUCACAAGCCGACAAUCAGCAAUACUUCAAGUUCAUGAGUCAGACCACAAAGCCCCAUCCUGGAUUGUCAUUACAACAUUUGGACCGCAUAAUGGGAAAAGCCGAGAUUGAAGCGCAAGGUUCCUCGCAUGGAGACUCAGUUAACCCCUACUGGCCAACCCUCCACAUGAAAUUCCUUGCCGAGGACAUGGAUAAAAUUACCGAAGACCUUGAUAAGCUUGCAACGGCCAUUGGCAAACGAAAAGUGAUUGGAUACAGUGCAGAUUCAUAUGAAGGUGGUGGUCAACAAAAAGACACGGCCAAACUAGCCGAAAGUGCUCGAGAAUUGCAAGAGGCUAACGAACACUUGGAACAGUACAUCGAACGUCAGUUUGGCCAUUGGGCGCAUGAACAUGACAUACGAAUACUUGACACCUUCUUCGAAAAAAAUCUCUCACGGAAGCGAAAAACUUCAGCCAGUCAGGAAAUAGAAUUGAAAGCCGAUUCAGACACUAUUAAGAAGCUGUUUUCCAGUACUUCUAGUUUGAAACAAGUUUAUGAAACCUUGUCUGGCGAAUUCAGAUAUCUCAAGCCCGACACAGAUCAAGAUUUCUGGGCUCUCCAUAGGAGUUAUAUCCAAACGCUCGAUCAAGCUUACAAACACAAUCUGAUUAAAUCCAAAGACUUCAAAGAACUUGUGAAAAAACGGGGCUACGCAACUGCUGCUGCUCGUUACAUGUUCUUGCAUUUCACUCAUUCCGAAAAGGGAUACAAGAACCCCCUGUACAGAAACAGUGACAUUCUUCUGGAACUCUCGUAUGCAUCGCCUUUUGUGAACAUGUUAAAUGUUAUUAAUCGCGGAGAAAAAACGAAAUUUCUUCACGAAAUUCUCAGAUUGGAUGCCAUGGAGUACGCCAAGAUAGUCUACGAAGGCUUAGCAGAGCGAUCCUUGGCCGACUCUUUCAAGUACCUUUUUGGAUCCGAAGCACUCCUCCAGGCUUUAGAAGGUACGACCUCGCAGGCCUCACAAGUCGAAACACAUCUUAAGGGGAUAAUCAAGAUCUUCAAGGAUGAAUCAAUUUGGCAAACCGAAUGGAGGGACAGUGAAGCUAUGAGGCUCAUGGCCCAGACCCUGAAAUUUGUCGACCAAAAUUUUCUUCAAGAGGAAUCCCCACGCUUACGUAUACCAUCACUACUUGAACUGUUCAACGGUCCUCUAAGGAAUAAACUAGACUUAUUUUCUGCUAGAGCUCAAGCGAUCGUAGAACUAGAAAAACUCUCCAAACACUUGCAGGGCAGUUUUCCUCUUCGAAGCGAAGGACACCCACCAAAACCGAUAUCGGCACUAGAAGAACUUGAGUUGAUUGAUCGUAAACUCGAAUAUCUACCAGCACAAGAGGCUUACCAAAGUAGGAUGGCCAGCACUCUAAAAGGCGAAUCCCAAACAUCGUGCGAAAAGGAAAUAUAUGGUAAAAUAGAUGCUUUGAGAGACCAAAUAGAGAAGCUCAGAAAACAGCAAUCGGGCGCAUCUUGGCUUACUUCUCUUUUCAACCAGAAAUUUGCAAAAACCACCUGAAGAUAGUUCACAUUUUUAAACGAAUAUUUUUCACUUGUAGAUAUCGAAAGAACCUCUUCCAGUUAAACUACGUGCCACACCAUAAUUUUUUUUUUCCAGCAUCAAGAUCACAGUUUUUUUUUUU